AUGAUUCGGAGAGAUAUUUUAGUGGAAGCUUAUGUUUCUCUAGCAGAUGCUCAACGUGCGGCUACAGACAUAUUUUUUGCUACACAGCUAUUGAAAAGAGUUAUAAGUCAGGAACCACAAUCCUCUACAUCUACUAAUGUUGAUUAUGAGAAUUAUGAUUGCGAUAAUGAUGAUACUAACGAGAAUUUUAUUAAUGAAGAAGCUCUUGAUAUUGAGGACAUAGGUGAUCUCAAUUCUGAAACUCAAGAAAGUGAAGUUUCUAUAUACAGGUGGAGUCCAUCCUGUGUAUUUUUACUAUUGCAAACAUAUAGGUUCAUGGAAGAAACCCUCAAUAGUGGAAAAUUAUCCCAAAAAAAGGUGUGGGAAGAAAUUGCCAAGGAGCUAACAAAAAAAGGAUACAAUGUAACUGGACCGCAAUGUUCUUCUAAGCUACGAAGUUUAAAAAAACAUAAAUCCAUAAAGGAUCAUAACAACAAAUCAGAUAAUGGAGGAAAUUUUUUCCAAAAGGCAUGGUGCCAGCCAGUUGCAGUUGCAUCUUCCACUGGUCUUUCAUCGAAACAGUCAGAAAGGAACGAUAGUGUGGGAGAAUCUAAUGGCGGACGUUCAUUAAAAUCAAAAACAACUACAAUAACAACUUUAUUAGGGAAAAUAUUGAAGCAAGGAGAAGAACAUGAAGAACAUAAAAUGAAAAGGCACAAGGAGCGAAUGGAGAUGGAUUCAGAAUUACUUAAAGUUUUAGAAAAGUUAGCUGAAAAAUAA